UCUAAAAACCCUAUUUUCCAACAACUUCAAUGGCCAUUUCCCAUCUCCCUAAAAUCCCCACAAUUGAUGUUGAUGAAGAUGAAGAAAAUCUUAUUAGCAAGGAGUUGAUUCAUUGUUGUCCCAAAGAGAAAGGUUGGAGAACUUCUUUUCUUUACAAAUUCCAAGGCUUUUGGUGUCAACCAAAAGAAAUCCAAGCCAUAAUUUCUUUUCAGAAACACUUCCGAGCAAGAAAUUCUGAUGUAAUCCUUGCUACCAUUCCAAAAUCAGGUACAACUUGGAUCAAAGCCUUAACCUUCGCCAUCAUGAACCGAAAGAAUUUCCCGAUUUCGAAUGAAAACCAUCCCUUACUCCGAUCAAAUCCACACGAUCUAGUACCUUUCUUGGAAUACAAGCUAUAUGCCAAUAACCAAAACCCUAACCUCUCCAACAUUCCUGAGCCAAGAAUCUUUGGGACACAUGUUCCAUAUGGUUCGCUGCAAGAAUCAAUCAUGGGUUCCGAUUGUCGAGUUGUUUACAUAUGUCGAAACCCUUUCGACACGUUCAUCUCGUCGUGGCAUUAUUGCAGCAAACUGAGGUCAGAAUCUCAACCUCCAUUUCCAUUAGAGGAAGCUUUCAAAAUGUACUGCAAGGGGGUGAUUGGAUUCGGGCCCUUUUGGGAGCAUAUGUUAGGGUACUGGAAAGAAAGCUUAGAGAGACCAAAGAAUGUCUUGUUCAUGAAAUAUGAGGACAUGAAAGAAGAUGCCAUCUCGCAGUUGAAGAUGUUGGCAAAUUUCUUGGGUGUCCCUUUCUCAAUUGAAGAGGAGGAAGAAGGUUUGGUAGAGGAGAUAAUGAAACUAUGUAGCUUUGAGAAUUUGAAAGAUUUGGAGGUGAAUAAGAUCGGGAAAUCAAUUAAGAAUUUUGAUAACAAAUACUUGUUUAGGAAAGGAGAAAUUGGAGAUUGGGUGAAUUAUCUUUCCCCUUCAAUGGUUGAGCAAUUGUCCAAAAUUAUGGAGGAAAAUUUUGGAGAUUCUGGCCUAAAAUUCAAGGUAUUUCCCUCUGUGUCUUGAAAUAUUUAAAACAUAUAUGUAUAGUUUCAAUAAAUUA